CUUGCUUUUCUUCCUCAAUACUCCAGCCUCAUCCAAAUGGCCAAAAUGAAGGGUUGGUGUAUUUUUGCUGGUGCCAUCACUGUCUUGCAACUAGGGCUGGCCAGAGCGACACAGUCCCAAGUCCCCCUCGUCGACACAUUCCAAACAUACAGACACUCCGACUUCCCCUCUUACUCCGUGAGAAUUAAAGAACAGAGCGAUGAGGUCUGCGAUGCGGGCUCCAACCAGUAUACAGGAUGGUUCGAUUUUAAUGGAAAACACAUGUUCUUCUGGUACUUUGACACUCUCAACGACCCCAUCAAGGAUCCAUUAACACUAUGGAUGACGGGAGGUCCAGGUGUUAGUGGCAUGGUAGGAAUGCUAUUGGAACUCGGACCUUGUCGCAUCAAUCCCAGAGGCGAAGGAACUCAUCGCAACCCCUAUUCCUGGACCACCAACUCAUCCAUGAUUUUUAUCGACCAGCCAGCAGGCACAGGACUCUCAUACACUGAUCCUGGGACAGAUACUCCUACAACAUCCCAGAUCGCGGCGGAGGAUAUGUACAUUUUCCUUCAGAUCUUUCUCUCGAGUGUGUUUCCAGAACGGAGAUCGGUGCCAUUUCACAUCGCAGGAGAAAGCUAUGGGGGACACUAUGUCCCGACAUUGUCUGCAGAAAUCCUCCGCCAGAAUCAAAUGCAUCCCCAAAGGCCAAAUAUCGAUCUCAAGUCUAUAUUGAUCGGAAAUGGCUUCGUUUCUCCCAUGGAUACCACAUUCGGUUACUACGAGACCCUCUGUACGACAAAACCAGGUAUUGAUGAGCCUGUAUUCAAUAAAACGCGAUGCCAAAUAAUGGCGGAGGCUUUACCCCGAUGUCUUUACGUAUACGAAGCUUGCUAUAGGUCUCCUGAUGAGGCAUUAUGCAAAGCUACAGACGAAGUGUGUGGAGUGAUACGCCAACUUUAUCACGACGAAUCCUUUGCAGGUGGACGAGAUCCUUUUGACAUCACUCGAGUUUGUGAGGUGGAUCACCUUUGCUAUAAGGCCGUUCUCGAUAUACAAGACUACAUCAACACGCCAGUUACUUGGGAAGCACUCGAAGUUCCUGGCGCAGUCGCCAAUUUCUCUAUCGAAUCUGAAGAGGUCUCUGGGGCUUUCGAGUCAGGGAAUGACCCUUAUUCAAAUGUCAUGGAUGCAGUGCGAUUUACCCUUGAAAACGGGGUUGACGUGUUGAUUUACAAUGGGAAUUUGGAUCUUGCGUGCAAUACUGCAGGCAAUCUGCGAUGGACGAAUUCUCUUCGUUGGAAUGGCCAGGCCGAAUUUGUUUCACAAGACCUGAAACCUUGGACUUCCGUUAUCGGACACCGGAAGACACAAGUGGGAAGCUAUAAAGAAGUCAUUGCCCCGGCGGUUUCUGGAUCGGAAAACCGACGGUUCGCCUUUGUUAUUGUAGAUCGAUCUGGGCACAUGGUUCCCCUGGACCAGCCCGAAGUGGCACUCGAUCUCUACCAAAGAUGGCUGUUUCAGCAAUCGUUUUGAAUGAAUCCUGGAUAUUUUCUGAGAUCUCGAAAAUGAGAACGAGAACUGAGUUUAUUAAGUGGAAGAUACUAACCAAGCCAGUGGAGACGAUCGGCAGUCCCUCCAUGCAAAAUGUAUGGGGCGUGUUGAUCAUCGGCCACUAAAAAUUACCACAAAGGGGCAGAAGGACUGCAUUCCUUGCAUCAACGAGUCAGUAGUCACUGUAGCAUCCCCGUAGUGUCGUUUAAUGUUUCUCAAAGCAAUCAAAGAAAAGGAGUUUUGAUGCUGUGCUACGUAAUCAAUCACACUAUUUUAAAACAUGCCAGGCAAAGACCCUGGCUCUGAUAGCAGGCUUUUUCUCCC